GGAAGUGCCACGACGGCGUCACUAGCGGACAGCGCUCGAAAUACUUUUGGUGACUCGGCCACCGAGAACGGACGUGUGGGCAAGUGCGUUGUGCGUGCGGGCUCUCCGCAUUGUCAGUUGCUGUUCGUGUAGAGUGCGUCUGUUUUGUUUUCUUUUUUUCACGAUGCCACAGCGAUGUGCUGCCGUGGGUUGCAGCAAUCGAAGCGGAAAUUCUGCAAACGUGCGAUUGUUUAGAUUUCCUGCCUCGACGCGUCAGGCGACAAGACGCAAGAAAUGUGUGCGAGCAAUCCGCCGUGUCAACGCCGACGGAUCACCUUGGAAACCGACAGAUAACACUCGCGUCUGCAGCAACCACUUUGUAUCAGGAGUCCCAUCACGCUUCAUGACGCAUCCGGAUUACGUACCGUCAAUUUUCAAGCAUAUGGUAGCGAGAUGCACGGGAUCCACUGGCACGGCGCGAUCCACCGCUCGCUUCGAGAGAUUAAUGCGACGGCGAGCCUCAAGCCAGACUGGUGCAAGCAGCCAAGCUACGUCAGCUGUUGCACAGAGGACCACACCGAGCAUAGCAGCAAGCUCGAGUGCAACAAUCCCACAACACCAAUAUAGACAGGGCAUAUCUGGACAUUUUGUUGGUCAGGGGACACCGCGAAACAGAGGGGAAAGCCAAAGUGAUUUACAAGAUUGCAAACCACUUGUCAGGCCAUCUACACCACCUGCGCCUCAAGGACCACCAUCACGUGGAGUGGAAAACUCAAUGCAGUCUGGCUCUAUGAUCUGCAAGGACACUACAACAGCAUCUAGCAUGCCAAGGGAUCAUGACAAGAGCUGCCAGGCUGAUGAUUUCUCUUUAAAGCGCAUCAUGCUGCUUCAAAGACAGUUAAACGCAGAGAAGAAAAAAGUGCAAAAGUUGGAAGGGUAGCUAAAAGCUACUGAGGAUAAAAAAAAAUCAAUCGCAGGCACAUUACUACGAGUUGAAGGCGACAACGCUGUGCCUCAAUAACAUGAAAGGUACCGAGGACAUGUUAUAUUACAUAGGACUGCCUUCUCUUAAAGUGUUUAAUUCCAUACUUGAUGUAGUUAUGGAAAGUGACCCUCAGUUCGCAGAAGAUGUAAACAGCAGGACAAUCAGUGCUUCCGAGCAGAUGUUUGCCGUCCUGGUGCGCUUGAGAACAAGUAUGGCAACGAGAGAGGUUGCUCGUAACUUUUCCAGUUUCAAUAGGCAUCAGUCAGUCGUAUAUUUUCGAAAUGGGUACUGAAAUUGCAAGAGGUGCUGACUGAAUUAACUAGCUUCCCUACACUUGCUGAAGUGCAACAGCAAACGCCACCUCAUUUUAGACGGUACCCGAACACACGCAUACUACUUGACACAACAGAAAUCCUGCAUACAAAAGCCAUCAAGCUUAACUGCCCAGAGAAGAACUUUUUCUCAUUACAAGUUAGCGAAUACAAUAAAAUAUCUCAUGGGCGCUACA